AUGGUUUCCUCUUCUUCUUCCUCCUCAGUUGCUUUCUUUGCUGCAAUGUCUUUCAUGGUUCUUUUGAGUACUACUCCCUCCUCUGCUUUUGACCUAAACAAGGAUAUUUGCUCCAACUUCAAUGUCUUGAGUCGCUCCUUUUGUAAAGACUUUCUUGGUUCUAAUCCGGUUGUGAUCAAGUCCCUCCUUCUCGGCCUUGCCGAGGGCACUAUAGAUGUCGCAUUUUCUAAUGCCACAAAGACCAGACAGCAGAUUCCCAAGUGGCAAAAACUAGCAGACGACCCUCAAGUGAAGUGUGCAAUUAGUAAAUGUCUGAGGCCUUACAGUGAAGCCAUUGCUGCUCUCAAGGAAGCAAAAGAGAAGGUCAGGUCUGGGGACUAUGGUGCACUGCAAAAUUCAGCAGCUAAUGCUGCUGCAGAUUUUCAUGUAUGCGUGGAGCAACUUGAGGAAACACCACCUGAUUCAUCGCCAUUGGAAAGUACUAGUGUUGACUUGUCUACUAUCGCCAGCAUCCUUUUAGCUGUUUUCGAGUUUCUGGGAAAAUCAUAUGCAUAA